GCAGUACGACAACGUCUCCGCACAGAGCUAGUGCUGACGGAACACUUGACUUGACUGGGCUUGACUUGACUUGUGCUGUGUUGUGCUGUGAAAAAUGGACUCGGACACGGAUUCGGAUAGGGAAAAGAGCAGCGAUCCCAAUGAGGAGCUGCUUAGCAGUGAUGAUAAAACGUUCCACGACGACGACGACGACGAUGAUGAAGAUGAGGAUUCAUCAGAUAUGAACGAUCCAAUUAGGCGAAUCGAUGCGGAACAAGUGCAAUCAACAGCAGAGCAACUGCUGGUGGUGCUCAUGCAAGCGGAAGCCAUAGAAAUGCAGCAACAGCAACAGCAGCAGCAGCAGCAGCAGCAAAUCGAUGUCGCUGUCGCUGUGGUUGACAUGUCAGUGGCAACAGCUUUGGUACAACAAACAGCCACGGCCGAGCCACCUGACCAGCGUGUGCCAACCGAGCCCCUGAUUGCCAAGUAUGGCGAGAGCGUGCGUGAAUCUGUGGAAUGUUUUUACUCGGCCCAGGAUCUGCUGGAGUACGGUCACAUGCUGUCCUCGACGGCGGAGCAGCGCACGCCGGAUGUGGAGUCCGGCUACUUUGAUAAGUCCGAGAGUGACGAUGUCUCGCGCGAAGACUUUGAGGCGCAAAGCUGCAGCUUGCGUCGACCCAAAGGCGCCAGUGCGCUGCCAAUCCUUCCCAGCCAUGAAUUGGCAUCUACCACGAGCAGCUCGGAGAGUUUGCGCAUUGAGCUGAAUCGCUUUUGCAGCUCCAUUGAAGCUUUCGAGCUGCAGCAACAACAUCAGCAGCAGCAGGAGCAGCAGGAGCAGCAGCAGCAGCAGUUGCUCAUGAUUGGGCAGCCAAGCGAGGCGGCCGCGGCUGGCGAGGAUUUGGCAACGGACGAACGUUUCCUAGACACACAAAGUGAGCCAUAUAUUAUGCAGGUGUUUAGCCUAGAAGCCCAUCGAGCCCUUGAACUGCUCGAGGAUUAUCAUGCACGUCUCUCGGAGCCACAGGAUCGUGCGCUGCGUAUAGCAAUCGAACGUGUGAUUCGCAUCUUUAAGUCUCGCCUAUUUCAAGCGCUACUAGAUAUACAAGAAUUCUAUGAAUUGACAUUAUUGGAUGACUCAAAGAGCAUACAACAAAAGACCGCCGAAACAUUGCAAAUUGCGACCAAAUGGGAGAAAGAUGGACAAGCGACAAAGAUAGCCGAUUUUAUAAAAACUACCAAUCUAAAUCGCAAUUGCGUCUAUGAAUUUAACAACGAUGCCACAAAUCCCAAUCCAAGUUCAAAUCUUAAUCAAACGGUGAACGCGGCCGCGCAUGCCGAGGCCUUGAGCAGAACAUUUAAAAAUGAAUUGGAAGAGAUUUUGAACCAACGCAUGCGCAUUGAGUCUGAUUGCGAGAAUGCCAAAGAUGCAACCGCCGAUGAUGCUGCUAUUCAACAAGUGCGCAACUCGCGCUCACCCCAGCAGCAACAGCAGCAGCAGCAGGUGGUACAACAGUUGCAGCAACAUCAACAGCAACAGCAGCAGCACCUUAACCAAUCACAGUCCACGACAGCAGCUAGAAGCGGGACUCAGAUACUACACAAGGCAUCCUCGACGAAGGUGAACGGCGAUGAUAGCUGGUACUAUGAGGAUAUCCAGCUGGAGCGUGGAAACUCUGGCUUGGGCUUCUCGAUUGCCGGCGGCACGGACAAUCCGCAUAUUGGCACCGACACAUCGAUCUAUAUCACGAAGCUGAUACCUGGCGGUGCAGCAGCCGCCGAUGGACGCCUGAGCAUCAAUGACAUCAUUGUCUCGGUCAAUGAUGUAUCCGUGGUGGAUGUGCCGCAUGCUUCCGCCGUGGAUGCUCUGAAGAAGGCCGGCAAUAUUGUUAAGCUGCAUGUGAAACGGAAACGUGCCACCAGUGCCACAGUACCCACAGCUGAUGCACAAGACAGCGUUAGCGCCACGGCGGUGUCCGCAUCGGCAUCGGCAUCGGCUUCGGCCACGGCCGGACCAAAGGUGAUCGAAAUUGAUUUGGUCAAGGGCGGCAAAGGUCUGGGCUUCUCAAUUGCCGGCGGCAUUGGCAAUCAGCAUAUACCGGGCGACAAUGGCAUCUAUGUGACAAAGCUUAUGGAUGGCGGCGCCGCCCAAGUGGACGGGCGUCUCUCAAUUGGCGACAAGCUGAUAGCAGUUCGCACCAAUGGCAGUGAAAAGAAUUUGGAGAAUGUCACGCAUGAACUGGCUGUGGGCACGCUCAAGUCAAUCACCGAUAAGGCGACACUGAUUGUGGGCAAAACGCAGCAUUUAACCAGCAGUGUCUCGCAGUCGGGCGGCAGCUUGGGCGGCCAGCUUGGCCAGCAGUCGCAGGCGCAGCAUUCGCAAUCGCAAACCCAAUUGGCAGCCACACGUCAGCAGCAGCAGCAGCAGCAAGUGAACUCGGAAUCUGCAGAGCCUGGCUCAAGAUACGCAUCGACAAAUGUCCUGGCGGCCGUGCCACCGGGCACACCACGCGCUGUCAGCACAGAGGAUAUAACCAGGGAACCACGCACCAUUACCAUACAAAAGGGACCGCAAGGUCUGGGCUUCAAUAUAGUCGGCGGCGAGGAUGGACAGGGUAUUUAUGUAUCAUUCAUAUUGGCCGGCGGUCCGGCAGAUCUUGGCUCUGAGCUGAAGCGCGGCGAUCAGCUGCUCAGUGUGAACAACGUGAAUUUGACGCAUGCCACACAUGAGGAGGCGGCACAGGCACUAAAAACAUCUGGCGGCGUUGUCACUCUGGUUGCACAAUAUCGUCCGGAGGACUACAAUCGCUUUGAGGCACGCAUUCAGGAGCUGAAACAACAGGCGGCGCUUAGCGCCGGCGGCUCCGGCACCCUGCUGCGCACCACACAGAAGCGUUCGCUAUAUGUGCGCGCCCUGUUCGACUAUGAUCCAAAUCGCGAUGAUGGCCUGCCGUCACGCGGCCUGCCCUUCAAGCACGGCGACAUCCUGCACGUGACCAACGCCUCCGACGACGAGUGGUGGCAGGCACGACGUGUGCUCGGCGACAAUGAGGACGAACAAAUUGGUAUUGUGCCAUCCAAGCGGCGCUGGGAGCGUAAAAUGCGUGCACGUGAUCGCAGCGUCAAGUUCCAAGGACAUGCGGCAGCUAACAAUAAUCUAGAUAAGCAAUCAACUUUGGAUCGCAAAAAGAAGAAUUUUACGUUCUCACGCAAGUUCCCUUUCAUGAAGAGUCGCGAUGAGAAGAACGAAGAUGGCAGCGAUCAAGAGCCUUUUAUGCUUUGCUACACACAAGACGAUGCCAACGCUGAAGGAGGCGAGAUUAUCUACAGAGUGGAGUUACCCGAUAUGGAGCAGAUAACAUUAAUCUACUUGGAGAAUAAUGAUGCUGACUAUCCUUCCGAGGAGAACGUGCUGUCCUAUGAGGCCGUGCAGCGUUUGUCCAUUAGCUAUACGCGACCCGUUAUAAUACUGGGACCGCUUAAGGAUCGUAUCAAUGACGAUUUGAUAUCUGAAUACCCGGACAAGUUCGGCUCAUGUGUGCCACAUACCACACGGCCGAAACGCGAAUAUGAGGUGGAUGGACGGGACUAUCAUUUCGUCUCGUCACGCGAACAAAUGGAGCGCGAUAUACAGAAUCAUCUGUUUAUCGAGGCUGGCCAAUACAAUGACAAUCUGUAUGGCACUUCGGUGGCCAGCGUCCGCGAGGUGGCCGAGCGGGGCAAACAUUGCAUAUUGGAUGUAUCGGGCAAUGCAAUCAAGCGCCUGCAAGUGGCGCAACUCUAUCCGGUUGCCGUGUUCAUAAAGCCCAAGUCUGUUGACUCGGUGAUGGAAAUGAAUCGUCGCAUGACCGAGGAGCAGGCAAAGAAAACAUAUGAGCGCGCCAUUAAGAUGGAGCAAGAAUUCGGCGAAUACUUUACGGGCGUUGUACAAGGCGAUACGAUCGAGGAAAUAUAUAGCAAAGUGAAAUCAAUGAUUUGGUCGCAAUCGGGACCAACCAUUUGGGUACCAUCGAAGGAAUCUCUAUGACCAACAGCCACAACAACAUGGACACUGCCGCCUCGAGUACGUUGUCGACCUGUCUCGAGAACAACAACAACAACAGCAACAACAACAACAACAUCAGCAACAGCAGCAGCAACAAAUCAGCCGCAACAAAAAACGUCACAUUGAUGCACCAACGCAACGACCACGAUGACUAAGACGACGACGAUGACAACACCAACAGCAACACCAACAACAGCAGCAACAACAACAACAAGACGCAGCAGUCAGCCCAAUGUUGUUCAUGUUUAGAAUUGUUAUUGUUUUUAGAUAAACAAAUAACAAGAAAUAACAUUUGCCGGCGCCAGUUAAAUGAGGGCCAAAGCAAAACGAUAUCAGGCAAAUAAGCAUUGCUCUUAGCCAUGUUUGUUUGUCGUUGAUUCUUGGUUCUUAGCUCUGAAAACGAAAAAGAAGAAAAAAAAACAAAAUGAUGAAGCGGCAGCUGUUUAGUUUAAGUUAGAACAAAAUUGAUAAAAAGAAGAAGAAAAACACAAA